UUUGGGACUGUUCGAAGCAAGGAAACGCGCUCAGAUCGGGAAAACUUUCGUUUGGUCAGUUUCAAGCGCACUGUUGUCUCGUGUAGUCGUGUCGCGAGCGUCUUUGUGUGGGUUCGUAUUUCGGCUCUUACAAGUGACAGUGCUUUUGGAUAUUUUUGGGCUUUAUGAUCGGCUAGCUCCAGAUUACUAACGUCAUCAUGGGGCUCGGCUGCGGGAACUGCUUCGCAAAGUACAUCCUCUGUUUGUUCAACUUUGGAUUGUUCUUGGCGGGCGGAGCGAUCCUAACGGUGGGCGUGUGGCUCAACUUGGACAAGAAGUCUUUCAUCGCGUUCACCAAGAUAGUGGAGAGUGAAUCUCAGAUUCCAGAGUUUCAGCAAUUCACGCAGCCCCACGUCAUCUCCCAACUCAGUUACAUCCUGAUCGCUGCUGGCGCUUUCAUCUUCCUGGUCAGCUUCCUCGGGUACUGCGGUGCCCUCAGGGAGUCCAGAUGUCUCCUUGCUUUCUAUGGCAUUAUGCUCGUGCUCAUCUUGAUCCUGGAAAUAACAGCAGCAGGGAUGGCUAUUGCUUACAGAGCAAAAGCAGAAGAUGAGACACGCAAGUUCCUGCAAACAACGAUAAAAGACUACUAUACUCCACAGCGCGACAAGUCCGACGUUGUCACUCUCAUGUGGAACUAUUUAAUGGCACAGAUGUCCUGCUGUGGACUGGACAGCUUUGAAGACUUCUCAGAUAAGUUCAAAGAGGAGAACAGCACCCAGCUUAUUCCGGCUGCAUGUUGUGUUCUGGAAGGGGACAUCAGGAGAUUCACUCCCAAGUUCCCCAACUGUACAACAAGCCCUUCUUAUGCCAAUUCGUAUUACAUGACCGGUUGUUACAAGACAGUGUUGAACUGGGUGUUGGACCACAUCAAUGUCGUGAUCUGGGUCGUGCUGGGAACAAUAUUUGUGGAGCUGUUCACAGUGUUCCUAUCGUUCUGUCUGUGUAAGGCUCUACAAGGCUACGACGACGACAAGUAAACGCCCAUGUAGAGUGUAACACUCAGUGUGAUUGUGAUUUUAGUCUCUAACAACAAAAGAUGAUUUUGUCUAUUUUGAGGCUCAAAACACAGUGAAGCAACAUACCAAAUAUUGUUAUCGAAACAUUUUGGACGAGCUAAGCUUAUAAACACUAUGUGCAUAAUUGUAGUAUAAGUAAAUGAUUGUUAUAGACUUAGGUUUAUUUUGUGUUACCAAAAAAAAUAGCUGUUAAUCGAUUUUGAUUGUAAAUAAACAUUUAAAAGUUCGCGGAAAGUUGCGAGUUGGUAAAACAGAGUCAUCUACGUAAUUAAUUUAUUAUGAUUAAAAAUCCCAACUACUGGAAAAAAUAUUUGAACAUUUUUAGCAACUCAAUGUAAUGAAUGAUUCCUGUUAAAUUUUAAUUCAUUAUGAAAAUUCCAGUUAUAAGUAAAGACAUAGAGUAAGUUUGUGUAUACGUAAUUUUAAUUAUUGAGGAAUUGGGACCAAGUUAAAAGAUUGUUAAUAGCAUUAGUAUAAACAGCCAAUAUCUUCAUCAUCAGUCAAUGUAUAUAGUGCUUUGUAGACAGCUCAAAUAGUUGUAAACGUUGUUAUAAUUAAUUAAUUGUUAACACUUUUUCAAAUAAAAAUUCUCAUAUUUGUGAAAGAAUGUUUAUUGAUAGGUAAUAGUAUGUGGAUAUAAAACAGAUUUCUAAACUUGCGAGGGUACAGAGAAUACUACUGCCUUUAGUUUUGUUAAGAAUAUUUUGAGACCAAAAGUACGUUUUGUGAGAAGGUAUUAAAUUUCUUCUGUACAAUUUGUACUAUAUGGUAUAAUUUAUUGUGUAUUACAGUAAGAUAGAUCAUAAUAUACUCUAAAGAUGCUUAAAUGUAUGUUAGCUGAAAAAUAUUUGUAAGAUUUAAAUUAGUGCAUAAUAAAUGGCCAAUAAAAAUUCAACGUGUACUGUAUGUUUUAAUGUAUAAGAAAACUUUAAUGUGAGUAAAAUUCUGUACCAGAUCUAGUUUGUUGAUAAUUAAAAAAAAUAUAUCUGGUGAACUAACUCCUCUACUUUUCAGUACUCAAUAUUCAUAAUACAGAUGGUAGGUGAAUAAUACAUAAUUAGAAAUUUGAAAGACAAAACUAGAUUUUUGAUUUAAAAAGUAUAUAUCCUCCGAAGGAUAAAUUAGGAACGAUAUUCCAAAAAAAGUACAAAGAUGAUAUAUUUUGUGAUAGUUAAGUUUAAGUUUCUAAUAUUUGCAUGUUAAAACUGUAUGUUAAAGUCAGGUUGACAUAAAGGACAAGAUUUGAUAAAAAAAGAUGUUACAUUGUUAAUAACUCUUUUUGGAUGAAUAAUGAUACACAACCUUGUCACAAUAUAAUAUAAUAGUAAUAAAGUAUGCAAUAAUUAAAUAAUAAAUUAUACAAUUCCAGUGUCCAAAAUAAAUAAAUUUGAUUUUUAAUACUACACACUCAAGUAAUUUGACUUCCCUUAAAGUUAUGUAAGUUUUUAUGUUGAGAAAUUAUCAUGGGAAGUUUAAGAAUUAAUAUCAACAUCUAAAAGCAAUUAAGUAUUAAAUACAAUAUUGUGUAAAUAAUAAAUAAAUCAUCGAGAGUACCAUAAGUCUAAUUUAUUACCACCCAAGCAGAGCAUAAAAUGUUUUACUGAAAAUUAACAUUUGUUGUUUCAAGUACUGUGAACAUAGCACGCAAAUGUUAAUAAUGCAAAGUGCCUUCAACCACAUUUCUGUAUUUUAUAGUUUUGAUAUAGAACUGACGUAUUUGUAAUGGUUUAUGUUAGAGAAAUAAAUAAAUAUAUGUGCUUUCGUAAAAA